CCCAUAAUAUCAAGGAAGCUUUUUCAUAUGUUCGAGAGCCAAAGGACAUAACUAUGAAAAAGCAGCUCAUAAUCAACAGAAAUCCAAACAUCUGAAUCUGUUACAGGAAAGUUUCUCACCAUUAGAGAGAAAGAGAAAAUUGAUGUUUACCAGUAAACUUCUCUGAGACGAGUCCUCCUUUCUUCUCCUUCCCGGUGGAUCCAGAGGAUCCGGUUCCUUCACGGCCACACCGGUGGGUCGUCCCGGAGCUGAUCCGGCUCCGGAGUGAACUGUGUGAGCCCGGGCUGAAGACGCGCCCCCCGCUGUGAACAGGCGCCCGUUCAGGAAGUGAUCAGUCUGCAGACAUGAAGCGCGUCGUGCUGCUGGCUCUCUGGGUCCUCCGGGUCCUCCGGGUCCUGUCUUAUCAGACUCACGGAGUCCACUUCAGAGCAGACUGGGACCUGAACAGAAACCUGUCCGCUUCGCUGGACGCGGACGUGGAUUUAUCCGCAGCGAUUCGCCGGGUGGACCCGCGCUUUCUGUCCGUCACCAUCGAUGCCAGCCUGGCGUCCGAGGAGAAGUUCCUGUACCUGCUGAGCUCUCCGAAGGUGAGGACGCUGGCAAAGGCACUGACUCCAGCGUUCCUGAGGUUUGGAGGGACCAGGCAGGACUUCAUGGUGUUCACUCCACAGAGGUCUCACCGGCCGGACUCAGCUCCCUCUGCAGAUCAGCCCUGUGAUGAACUGGAGUUGCCCCCGUGGCUGGAGGAGAAGCUGAAGGAGGAGUGGGCUCAGCAGCAGGUGGUCCUGAUGAGAGAGGACCUGCAGAGGAAGUACAGACGAGUCAAGUUCACAGAGUUCACGGUAGACCUGCUGCACUCCUUCACCAACUGCUCCGGGAUGGAUCUGAUCUUCGGGCUGAACGCUCUGCUCAGAACAGCUGACAACAGCUGGAACAGCAGCAACGCUCGCUCGCUGCUGCAGUACUGUGAAUCCAGACGGUACCGGAUGUCCUGGGAGCUGGGAAACGAACCAAACAGCUACGAGAAGAAGGCCGGGAUCCGAGUGGACGGGUUUCAGCUCGGGCGGGAUUUCACCCGUCUCAGAGAAAUGAUGUCAGAAUCCGGGUUUUACCGCCAGGCCGGGCUGUACGGGCCCGACGUGGGCCAGCCACGGGACCACAGGACGGACAUGCUGGAGGGGUUCCUGCAGAGUGGAGCUCAGGCCAUCGACGCCUGUACCUGGCACCAUUAUUAUGUGAAUGGCAGAGACACGUCCUUGGAGGACUUUCUAGACCCAGAGGUUCUGGACACUCUGAUGUUGAAGACCAAUGAAGUGCUGGAGAGAGUGAGGCUGGUGUCUCCGGGGAAGGCGGUUUGGCUCGGAGAGACGAGCUCAGCGUACGGAGGAGGAGCUGUAGGACUGUCCGACACGUUCGUGGCAGGAUUCAUGUGGCUGGAUAAGCUCGGACUGGGAGCCAGACUCGGCCUGGAUGUUGUGAUGAGGCAGGUGUUCAUCGGUUCGGGGAGUUAUCACCUGGUCGACAACAACCUGGAUCCCCUACCUGACUAUUGGUUGUCUCUUCUCUACAAGAGACUCGUGGGACCAGAGGUUUUGAAGAUUGAAGCGUUUUCUGAUGUCGGCCGAAGUAAAAGAGUGAGGCUGUAUCUGCACUGCUCUAACACACAGAGUUACAGACGUGGAGCAGUCACGCUGAUUUCUCUGAAUCUGAGUACGAAGCCAGCCUCCGUCUCUGCUCCCGCACUCGUCUCCUCCAGCACAGUGGAGGCUUUUGUCCUGCAGUCUGACCGGCCGGGGGAGGAGGGGCUCUACUCCAGGUCUGUGAAGCUGAACGGAGAAGUGUUGAAGAUGGUGGAUGAUAAAACUCUUCCUGACCUUAAAGGAACUCGUCUGCCUCCAGCGGAGCCUCUGCAGCUUCCUGCCUACUCUCUGGCCUUCUUCGUCUUCACGGACGCUCGCGCCGCAGCCUGCGGUGACCACGGACCGAAUACAGCGACAUGACAGGCGUCAUCAGGCUCAUCACUGGACUAAAAAGAUUUGAACUCAAGUGACGUACUAACAGUGGGAAAAUGGUUUGGUGAAGGAUGCCUUUCAUGUAACGGACACCAGAGUGUCUUAUUUAUAGAAAAUAUUGUACUCUGUGCAACUUUGAAUGAAGUUUUUUUCUAAUUCUGCUCCUCACAGGUGAAGAUAGGUGUGACCUAAGAAGUCAGAGGAUCACCAGAGUUAUCAUAGUUCAUCAUGAGGGGACCAUGAACGUCACAGUCACUGAAAAUAACUGACGCUAAGAUUUUUAUUUCCCUCAGAGAUAAAAACCUUCUCAGUUUCUGUGAGGAGUUCAUGUCAGGAUGAUGUUAUUAAUUCCAGUGAAAGAAAAAUCCAUCAGCCUGAAGGUGACACUAGAAUCAGUGGGAUUCAUGAACAUCAGAGGAGUAAUUUCAGUCUGGAGCAAAAAUCAAAGCUUUAAUGCAUCACAACCAAACUGCAGCAGAAAUAUUUCAGGUGUGAGACGUGUUAUUCUUCCUGCUCCUCGCCGUGUGUGAUUAUGUAACACAGAGAUUUGUAAUCCAGGUUUCCUGCAGCGUCGAUAUUUGACGACUGAAACAUCUGCUUCACCUGCAAUCACACAGAUCAACACAGCCCCAGAAAUUCAUUUCAACAUGUUUCAGACACACAUUCACUUUUUACAAGUGUCAGAAUUUCAACAAGAAAAACUCCAAAGCACCAAACUGAAGUUUCUUUACCUCCUCAGAUGUGAACUUGUCCGCUUGUGUCAUCAGUAACUUCUGUAACCUGCAAAAACAGAAAACAGAAUUAUUUGAUUUUCUUUGACAGUAAAAGAGACGAGUUUAAAAACA